CACUUGGGAGGAUUUUAUUCAACUGCAUAAACAUUUAAAAAAAUGCUUCAAUAUCGAAGGUCCAUUGAAAAAUUAUGUGUUUAUUAUUGGGGAUAAAGAAAUGAAUUUUGGCUGGUCAAAAAUCCAAAUCAUCGACUUUCUCAAACAACAAAAGUGUUCGGGUGAUAAUCCAGUCCGGAUAUCCAAUGUAGAAAAAGAAAAAGAGCCAUCAUAUCACUCUAGAAGUAAGGAAGAUGAGGAAAUCGUCCAGAAAGCUUUUAAUAGAACUUUUCAAGAUCCAAGUAACCUUUCGGAAAGGUUUAUACAAUUUAUUGACAAGUGUCUGGAUAAAUACGAAACAACGAGUAACGAAUAUUAUGCGCCAUAUACAACUUUAAUUCAAGCCAGUGGCACAGGGAAAUCCAAAUUAUUGAUAAGUGUUGCCGAAGAGAUAAUGACCGUAUACUGCUGUUUGCGGGAAUUCGGAUCAAGUGGCUAUCCACCCAGAUCGAAUAUUGCCGGAAUACUAAUAAAAGAGUUUGAUAGUGAACAAGAAGCCAAAGCUACCUACCUUGCGUACAUAUGCGCAUGUUUUCAAAAGAUGCAGGAUUUCGAUGUAGAUUGUAAGAAAUGGUUGGAUGGGCAUACCAAUAAAAAUUUGCAAGAGAAUUUUUGGAAAGAUGUUGAAAACAGAAUGAAAUCUAUCAAGGACGAUUUAAUGAAAUGUUCUACGGAUAGCGAUACAACUGAAUCGGUUAAGAAAUAUUUGGUUAAAAAAGAAAGAAAAGAACGAGAAGGUUCAGUUAAAUACCUGUUUGCAUUCGAUGAAGCUCGUAUGCUGGUUG